AUGUCUAAUCUCUGGACUUCUGGACCUGCUUCCCUCUGCAAGUCUCAUUCGGAUCUCUCGAAGGACAGACAAGACCUCAGGAGAGCUGUGGCAUGGCUUACUCCCAUACUUGACCUCGCUGCGGAAAUCGUGCAACUACAUGCCAAGUUCUCCGAAGUCGAUACCUCAACGGUUUCUGAUGGCCUGCGCGCUUGGAGAUCCACGUUUAGUCGGUUGAAGUCAUCACUAGACAAUAUUCCAGAGUUACCUUCUGGCCUGACUUCUCGGCGUUAUAAGGAUGUCCUGGAAGAGGUAUCGUCUUCUCUUGCGAGCUUGAAGGCUGAUGUCUCAAAAUGGACCGCUGAACGUCCUGAUUUGGCUUUCGCAUUAACACAAAUUACCCCAUGGGCGGAGGCCAAGGGAGAUGCGACUGCUAGGACCGACAGCGAGGAUAGUCUCGCUAUCCAGGAAUUUGACGCAAGACUCCUUGCUGCAAUUGACAAGAUCUUGGUCAGUCUUCAGAAACUUAAAGACGUGCCUGUUUCCCUUGCCUCCACGGGCUCGCUGUCGCGGAGUGAUGAGUUCUUCACGAGGGCAAUGAAGGCUGUUCACUUGUCUGAUGUUACUUCCUCUCUCGAAUCCGUCCUCGACACCCUGCAACAUUUGCAAGCCAGCACCAGCAACACUUAUGCGCUUGCCUCUGCAUUGGUGGCGAGCUUACUACCCAUCACAAACCGAUACUUCUACAUCUGCAGAGACAUCAUUCAGCGGUUUGUGUCGGUGCACAGGGAGACUUGCAAAAUGACGUACAUUCUCGCGAAAUCAUUCACGCAGAUAGCCUCGGAAGGUUUCUGUACCCCGGCGGAGGCAUCUGCAGAAGAGAGCAAGUCUGGAAAGUUGGAAAGUGGAACCGGCCUUGGCGAGGGUGAAGGCGCUGAAGAUAUUAGCAAAGACGUCGGGGACGACGAGGACUUGUCUGAGCUUGCUCAGCAAGAACAGAAUGAGAAGCCCUCCGAGGACAUGGAGGAUUCUGCGGAGGCAGUGAACAUGGAUCAUGAAGAAAUGCAAGGCGAAGAGAUCGAUCGAGAGGCGAAGGACGAAGAAGAUGAGGAUGCCACUGGCUCGGAAGGAGAAGACGAUAUUGAUGAGGAAGUAGGCAGCGUCAACGACAUCGACGACACGGCAGUGGAUGAGAAGAUGUGGGAUGGCGACCAUGAUGAGAAGCAGAAAGAGACAGAGAACGAACAAGGCAAGGGAGCAGCUGGAUCCGAUGAGAAAACAGCAGCGCAGGAGGAAGAAAAGACUCAAGAGAAGAGUGACAAGGAUGCAGAACAGGAGGGCGAGGAAGAAGAGAACGAAUCAGACGAAGAAGCCCCUGAGGAUGAAGGCGAGGCUGUUGGACGAGAGGAUAUGGAAGUGACGGACCCUCAUGCCAAGGAAGAAGAGGCGCUUGACCUACCUGAGGAGAUGCAACUGGACGGCGAGGAAAAGGAAGAUGACGGUGUCGAAAGUGACGAUGGAAUGGACGAUAUGUCAGAUUUCGGUCCUGCACCUGCGGAGGACGAGCAACAAGCUGAAGGAAAUGAGGACAAUGCUGAAAGUCCAGAUAUGGAUCAUCUAGCAGACGAGCAGGAGCCUGACCAGAUGGAUGAAGAAGCCAUGGAGGACCAAGUGGCCGAGGCUGAGGGAACCGACGAGGCCAAUGCAGCGGAGGAGGAAGAACCAGAGGAGGCUAAGCAAGAAGAGUUCUUGGCUCAACAUGAUGACAAUGAAGCUGCUGGCGAGGAGGUUGCUCCUAGCGAAGCUGUUAACAGUGGUCUUGGCGCAGAUCAAGACCAAAACAAAGAGCAAGGCGCGUCCGGCAAUGCUCAGCAGGACGAUGGCUCGACCGAUCCGGCCGCGAAUGCGGAACAGCCAACUGGAGGUGCCAAGGAAGGAGAGGACAGCCAACGCAAGAGAGAUGCAGGCGGUGCUGAUGACGUGAGCCCCGAAGAUCCUCAAUUACAGGCGUUCAAGAAGUUGGGAGAUGUUCUUGAUGAAUGGCAUCGGAGGAGAAAAGAGAUUAUGGACGCUUCCAAGCAGGAGGAUGAUGAUGAGUCGCGGAAACCCUUGCCGGAGGAUACCGAUAUGGCCGAUGCUGAUUUCGAGCACCUUGCGGACCAAAAUGAUGUUGCCGAUACACAGGCACUGGGACAGGCCAGUGAAGAACAAGCAAAGGCUUUGGACCAGAACAAGGGCGUGGAGUCAGACGUCAAACCUGGCGAUAGUGAUAUGUUACCGGACGCUGGUGAGGAGCCGCAAGAUCUUGCGGAGGAGAAUAGAUUGGAGGACGACAUGCAGAUAGAUGGAGAAGGGGUUCCUACCGAAGGGCAAACCGCAGGCGCAUUGAUCCCCGACAGCUCCCGCACACAGCAGCGAACAACGGACGCUACUGGUCAACUUGAGGUUAACGAGGAGCUUGAUGAGGUGGACGCCCAUCUUGCGGCAAUUCACCUGUCGUCCACGCUUCCGCCACUAACUCCAAGGGACGAAGCCCAGCGCCUUUGGUCGCGCUACGAAAAUGCCACAAACGACCUCUCUCUAUCCUUGACGGAGCAACUACGUCUAAUCCUGGCCCCCACACUUGCUACAAAGCUACGGGGCGAUUUCCGGACAGGGAAGCGGCUGAAUAUCAAGCGUAUCAUUCCAUACAUCGCUUCACAGUACAAGCGUGACAAGAUCUGGAUGCGACGGUCCAUUCCCUCCAAGCGCAACUACCAAAUCAUGCUUGCGGUCGAUGACAGCAAGUCCAUGCUGGAGAGCGGCAGCGGGCAGUUAGCGUUCGAGACACUAGCGCUAGUCGCGAAGAGUCUGUCGAUGCUCGAAGUAGGCGACCUGUGUGUGCUCGGCUUCGGUAACGAGGAUCACGUCCGAGUCGCCCACGAGUUCGGCAAGCCUUUCUCCUCGGAAGCUGGAACACAAGUAUUCCAACAUUUCAGCUACCAGCAGACAGGCACGAACGUGCGCAAACUGAUCGCCGAUUCUAUCGCCCUCUUCCGCGAAGCUCGCUGGAAACAAUCGCCCGCAGGCGGCAACGCCGACCUGUGGCAACUGGAGCUCAUCAUAUCCGACGGUAUCUGCGAAGAUCAUGAUACCAUCCGGCGCCUUGUGCGUCAAGCUCAAGAGGAGCGCAUCAUGAUCGUGUUCAUCAUCGUGGAUGCGGUUAAGGGCAGCUCAAUUUUGGACCUCAGCCAGGCAAGCUUCGAGCCUGAUACGGAGAGUGGAACUGGGGAGAUGAAGUUGAAGAUGAAGAGAUACCUGGAGGGGUUCCCCUUCCCAUACUACCUGGUUGUGCGGGACGUUCGGGAGUUACCGGCUGUGCUGGCUACGGCGUUGAAACAAUGGUUUGCAGAGGUUGUUGAUGUAUCAUCUUGA